GUGAAGCAGCAUCUGUAUGAGGCGAGAGAAGGAACCUGCGUGCAAUGGAGGAGCCCUGCUAGAGCUGCACUGCCGCUGUUGUCAGUACCACAACCACCACCACUCAGGAUUGUGUAUUGAUGGAAAAGACUUAAGCAGUGCAUAUCCGAGGUAAUCCAUUGAGAUUGCAUGUCGUUUUUCUGGAGCUCUGUGAUGCCCAAGGGACUAGGUGUGUGGAUCCAGUGCCACCUCUGAUACGAUGUUUAGAGCAGGAGGGGCAGCCACCUCUCUUGCAUUGCUGCUGCUGCUGCCUUUGCUGUGCUGUUGCCACCUGUGCCACUCACUGCGGGUUCCAAAACUCUCCUCCUAUGCAAAAGCAGAGGACAAGCUGUUCAAAUACCUCUUUGGAAACUACCAGAAAUGGGUUCGUCCAGUAGAAUACUUAAACCAGACGAUACGGGUGAAGUUUGGACUUGCUAUCUCCCAGCUGGUUGAUGUGGAUGAGAAAAAUCAGCGGAUGACAACCAAUGUGUGGAUGAAACAGGAGUGGAUUGACAUGAAGCUGAGAUGGAACCCUAAUGACUAUCUGGGUAUCACCAUAAUACGAGUCCCGUCAGACCGCAUCUGGCUCCCUGACAUUGUACUGUAUGAUAAUUCGGAUGGGCGAUUUGAGGGAACGGUCACUAAGGCUGUUGUAAAGUAUGAUGGAACCAUAACAUGGACCCCACCAGCCAAUUACAAGUCAGCCUGCACCAUUGACGUCACCUUCUUCCCCUUUGACCUCCAGAAUUGUUCUAUGAAGUUUGGUUCUUGGACGUAUGAUGGAUCCCAGGUGGAUAUCACACUGGAAGACUUCCACGUGGACAAGCAGGACUAUUUUGACAACGGUGAAUGGGAGAUAGUAAAAGCCACUGGCAGCCGUGGUGUCAGGACAGACAGCAGCUCAUCCUAUCCCACCAUAACCUACUUCUUCAUCAUCCGCAGGCUGCCUCUUUUCUACACCCUCUUUCUUAUCAUUCCCUGCAUUGGCCUUUCCUUCCUCACCAUCCUUGUCUUCUAUCUGCCUUCUAACGGAGGAGAAAAGAUCUCUCUCUGCACCUCAGUCCUGGUAUCACUCACGGUUUUUCUCCUGGUCAUCGAAGAGAUAAUCCCGUCCUCCUCUAAGGCUAUCCCUCUCAUUGGAGAGUAUCUGGUCUUCACCAUGAUCUUUGUCACUCUCUCUAUCAUCAUCACUGUCUUUGCCAUCAACAUCCACCAUCGCUCCUCUUCUACACACCAUGGUAUGGCACCCUGGGUGAGGAGGAUUUUUCUGCACCAGCUGCCUAAGCUGCUGUGCAUGCGCAGCCAUGCAGAUCGCUACGCCACAGCUGGAGCAGCCAGAGCCAGAGGUGCAGUAGGACUGGGUCUGAUCAAGGACCCACAACCUGAACUGACUCCUCUUCUCUACACCAGACACAGCCUCGAAGCUGCUUUGGAUUCAAUUCGCUAUAUCACCAUGCAUGUGGUUAAAGAAAAUGAGGUCAGAGAGGUGGUUCAAGACUGGAAGUUUGUAGCCCAGGUCCUGGAUCGAAUGUUUCUUUGGGCUUUCCUCUUGGUGUCUAUCCUGGGCUCUGCUCUCCUCUUCAUACCAGUUAUUUACAAAUGGGCCAACAUCAUCGUCCCUAACCACGCUGGAAGCAUCCUCUAAUAACCACGCUCCAGCUCACAACUGACUGAUGGAGGCAAAGCACAUAAAACAGCUUGUUAUGGCUCAUAGUUGGGACUGAAAUAGUGAGAUUAGCACUCAGAUACUGGCCCUGCUGUGAUUAUCUGCAGUCACUCUCUGAGCUGAAGCUGUGCCAGAGAUCAGGCUGCUGUUUGCUGAGUUUAUCUCGCAGAAACAUGUUUUUACUUUGAGGGGGAUUUAGAGUUCUGUAUUUGUGAGAAAAAUGAUAAAAACAGAUUUAUUUCAGCUCAGUACAACUUUGUCCCUGUCAUGGCAGCUCAUCAAUAAGAUAAAUAGAUCCACACACAAUAGAUGGAAGGGGACUUUUGUUCUAAUUUUACAUAGAGCUUUACAUCUUUCUAUUCACUUUCUAUGAUAGUCUCUGAUUCGGAAGCUUACCACUUUAUCUGUAGUACAUACUUUAAAUAUAAUGAAUGAUUCAACCCUGAUAUCAUGGCAUCAGCAACUGUCAUGUUUAUAUUGAAAUUCAGUGGAAUAUUCUGGAAGGUAAUCAUUUGAAAUUUGAUGUAAGAGCUGGAGCACAAUUCUCAGAUGAGAACUACAGAAAAUUCUAUAAAAACACCUAUGUCGCUACAGUUACAUAAUCUCAAUUUACACAUGAUAAUUCUGAGUGCAUGCAGGUCAAGCACAGAUACCCACAUGGUUUAAUAUUUCUCUAUUUAUUCCACUUGACUGUGUGUGGGAUGAAGGAGAGGUUGACUUUCUUGCCAAUACUUGAAUUUCUCCAGCACAGCUUCCUCUCAGCAAGAGGACAUAUUCUUCUGUGGACUGUAAUACUAUCCUUUGUAUGAGACAGGUACAAAGAUAAUAUAAAUCCAGGAUGUUUUUAGCCUACUGUAGCUUAGCAUUAAGACCUAGCGUCAGUUAAAAUGAGGCAGGCCUUGUUGUUUGAUUGAUGUUGCAUGCAGAUACCUCAGAAGACUUAGAGACAAGUAAUAACAGGCCAGAGGUUCUCUAUAUUCACCACCAUCAACAACGAGGAAGUCGCUGUCAGCCUUUGUUGAGCCUGCACUGCCACUGCAUGGCCA